UGAACAAGUAAGCAAACAAAUACUUAAUUACAAACCUGAGCCAAGGUGCAGAGGGGAAGAAGGGAGUGAUGGGGAGGAAAUCACAAGACCUUCCUUAGGCUUGUUACCUCAUUUAAACCUAAUCAUGGUCUUGCCCUGGGAGACAAAUAUCCCCAUCUUGCAGAUGAAGAUACUGAGACCCAGCAAGGUGUAGCAGGGGCUCCGGUCCCACAGGGAGUUGGUGGCAAUGGGGACAGGCCCAGGUUAGACUUCUGGGAGGAGUGGCCUCUAGGCUUACUUCCUCCUCUGCCCCUGGGGCCCUGUUGGGUGUUUCUCCUCUGUCUGGAGCACUGGGCCCUGAGAGGAGGCUCCCUGCUGUGGGCCUGGGUCUGCUCAGCUACCUUGACAGCCUUCUUCCAGGAGGCUCUCUGGAGGCCUUGGAAGGUCACUGACUUCCUGGCCUUAGGACUAGGCAGAGAGGUGGGGAUGGAGCCUUCACGGACACUCAGCCAGCCGAGGGGCUUUGAUCUGAACUUGCUUUUCAGUCAAGAUUUCAGGACUCCAGACUUAGAGAUGCUGGAGUCCUGGUGGGACAGGGGGUGCUGAGGGGCAGGUCAGAGCGGCAGGUGCUGCCCUGUGUGUACACGGAGGGGGUUCUGGGUGGCCUACCAUGGGCCGCCUGACCGGACAGGUUCGUCGGGGGCUCAAUCUAGCUGAGUGAGGGGGCUGGUAGUGCAGCUGUAAGCAGACUCCGGCGGCCAGACUGGAGUAAGUACCAGUUUGGGGUAAUUAGAAGGCACGUAAUUAGAAGGCGUCAGGGCGCUAGGCGGCGAGUGUCUGUGAAUAUGCCUGAGUGGGCCCUUGCUGGCUUUGAGUUUGGGCCUUUGGACCCCUGGAAGACUUUCCUCCUGGAAGUCUCAAGAUCACGGUUCCCCAUCGGCCUGGAGGCUGGUUACUCCUGGGGCCCGAGGAUGAAGCUGAGCCUGCCACACUGGCCCCUGUCCUGCCUUUUUGUGCUGCUGCGCUGGCCUCUGGCCACUCCAACAUCAAGGACCCUUUGGCGGUGCCCACCUGGGGAGGAGCCCAGCCUGGACCUGGGGCAGGGCACAUUAUGCAGGUCCUGUCCCCCCGGCACUUUCUCUGCUUCAUGGGGCCCUGGCCCGUGCCAGCCCCACGCUCGCUGCAGCCCUCGAGGGAGGCUGGAGGCCCAGGCAGGCACAGCGACUCGAGACACCCUAUGUGGAGACUGCCAGCCUGGGUGGUUUGCCGCUUCAGGGGUCCCCCUUGUCUCCUGUCAGCCGUGCUCCUGGACACCUCUGGGUACUCGCAGCUGUUAUGAGCGGGGACGACGGGCCCGACGUGGUGUGGAGGUGGCAGCAGGGGCCAGCAGCGCUGGGGAUACGCGGCAGCUUGGGAAUGGCACGCGGGCAGGUGGCCCUGAGGAGACAGCUGCCCAGUAUGCGGUUAUUGCCAUCGUGCCUGUCUUCUGCCUCAUGGGGCUGCUGGGCAUCCUGGUGUGCAACCUGCUCAAGCGGAAAGGCUACCACUGCACGGCCCACAAGGAGGUUGGGCCCGGCCCUGGAGGUGGAGGCAGCGGGAUCAACCCCGCCUACCGGGCUGAGGACGCCAAUGAGGACACCAUUGGGGUCCUAGUACGCCUGAUCACCGAGAAGAAAGAGAAUGCCGCGGCCCUGGAGGAGCUGCUGAAGGAGUAUCACAGCAAACAGCUGGUGCAGACCAGCCACAGGCCCGUACCCAGGCUGCCGCCGGGUCCCCCCAGCAUGCCACACGUCUGCCCACAUCGUCAUCACCUCCACACCGUGCAGGGCCUGGCUUCACUCUCUGGCCCCUGCUGCUCCCGCUGCAGCCAGAAGAAGUGGCCUGAGGUGCUGCUGUCCCCUGAGGCCGCAGCUGCCACUACUCCUACUCCCAGACUCCUGCCCAACCCGGCCAGGGCACCCAAGGCUGGGGCCAAGGCAGGACGCCAGGGCGAGAUCACCAUCUUGUCUGUGGGCAGGUUCCGAGUGGCCCGAAUUCCUGAGCAACGGUCAAGUUCAGCGGCCUCUGAAGUGAAGACUGUCACAGAGGCUGGGCCCUCAGGGGGUGCUCUCCCUGGCUCCCCACAACCUGGCCUCCCCACUGAGCAGCAAGCACUGCUGGGAAAUGGCGGAAGCCAUACUAAGUGGCUGAAGCCCCCAGCAGAGAACAAGGCCGAGGAGAACCGCUAUGUGGUCCGGCUAAAUGAGAGCAACCUGGUCAUCUGAUGGUCUAUCUCAUCUGAGAACAUGGCAGCCCUGCCCUGGGAGGUUCCGAAGGCUUCCUGGAGGAGGUAGAGCUGCAGCUGGGCGUGUGAGGACCAAGAAGCAAUGGCCCAGCAGACAGAACAGCAAAGGCCAAGGCCUGGAGGUGGGAGCGUCCGCCCCAGUGAGGAGGCAGGCCAGCUGGCGGGUGCUGUGUGCAGGAGCAGGUUGAGAGCCCCUCCCCUGUCCCUGCCACCCAGUUUUUUCUCUGAAGGAUGCCCUGUGCCCUAGCCUGGCCAGAUCCUGGGACCCUGCAGGAUCCUCUGUACCACUAAGUGGCAAGGCCUUGGCCUGGUGGGGAGGGGCCCUCUGCCUGGCGCUCCUGGCCCCACACCUUGGUAAUUAGCUGCCCUUGCCUCUGUACGGGGCCCUAGUACAGACCUCUCCCACCUCUUCUAGUGGGCCCUGUAAAGGGAAGGAGCAACAAAAAGCCAUGGGCUGGAGACUUGAGUUCCCAGGCUCUAACCAUGGGCAAGUCCCUGGCUAUCACCUGGUUAUAAUUCUUCUGACCAUGAAGUGGGAAAAGAAAGGCAUCUCAGGGCUCAGGGCUUCUCCAGUUACUUGGCAGGUUCUGGCCCGGGUCAUGUGAGGGGAGAGCCUGACUCCUUGCCACCCCUCCCAUUAGUAGCUUUAUCUGGCCCCAUUUUUGCGGCUUCUAAGGCCUCUGCCUUCAGGCCCCCAUGGGGCGGCCCAUCCCUGGCUCUGUCUAUAAGAAGGGGCUUAAUGCAUGUAUCUGCUCCCCACCCUGCUGUUUUUAUUGAAAUUGGUACCACAGUCUUGACCUGGGCAGGGCUGUAGUACAAGGUGCCAGCCUGCAUAGCCACCCCAAGAUCUCAGGAGCUUUUGGGGAGAGGCGUGGGUGAGGGGCUGGUAAGGUGCCCCUGGCCUCAGUGGUUUGUGUGUCCCUGUGGUGUUGGUGUCUGUCCCCCAGCCUGGGCAGUGCGGGCGACUGCCCAGCCCAGUCCCUAUGUCCACUCUGGCUCAGCAACCUGGUUAUUUAUGUGGGGUCGUGCAGGCAUGGGCCCCACUGCCAUCCCUGUUUCUCUUAUUUAUUGAAACUUUGCUGUUGUCCUUUGUCUCUAUUCCCAUCCAUUUAUUGGAUAAUAAAAGGUGGGAAAGUCGUGUCAUGAGGAGCUUCUUUCCCUGUGUCUCUUCCCAGGUCAUCUGGCCAUUCACCAAAUAGCUGUGUGUCAGGUACUGUGUGUGGGACAGGCCAUCCCUCCCCUCGCAGUGUUGGCUCUGUGGCAGGUAGGCAUGGGGACAGCGGGUGAAGUGGGGCUGGAGGAGGCCCCUCACUCCAUCAGGUUCUCACUGAAGCCCCUAGAGGUAGUGCUGUCCAACAGAUAUAUAUAGUAUGUACCACAUAUGUAAUUUAAAAUUUUCUAAUAGCCGCAUUUUUAAAA